CGACGAGCCCCCUGCUCCGCCUCCCGUGGGCCAAGGGAGGGGGACGGAGCUGGGCUGAGCUGAUCCCACGUGUGACGAUAGCAUUCCCGGCUCAGUAAUAUUCUCUAAGCGGGGACUCGUUUAGCUUUUGCUGUGUCUGUGUGUGUUUGUUAGUUACUCGCUAUAGUUGGGUUAGCUAUGGAGGGAGACGGGAGCCAAGCCACAUCUGGAAGCCCAAAUGAUUCACAACACGACCCGGGUAAAAUGUUUAUCGGUGGCCUCAGUUGGCAAACCUCACCAGACAGCCUUAGAGACUAUUUUAGCAAAUUCGGGGAAAUCAGAGAAUGUAUGGUGAUGAGGGAUCCCACGACGAAACGCUCCAGAGGGUUCGGAUUCGUUACGUUUGCGGAUGCUGCCAGCGUAGAUAAAGUCCUAGCCCAGCCGCACCACGAAUUGGACUCGAAGACGAUCGACCCUAAAGUUGCCUUCCCCCGACGUGCUCAGCCCAAGGUAAGAGGAAGCGGGAUUCACGUGAGCGUGUGUGUGGCGUUUAGCGUGUGCUGUGCGUUAGCGAUGCUUUCAGACGCGGGGAUGGAACGUCCUCUGGGGCGCAGUCGUCUUUGCGUUUUCGCUUUUUUAUCCUCCCACACUCCCGCCUCCGUGUCUGACACCUGUGCUUUGGCUACGAUGGUGGCAGGUAGAGGAAGUGUGUGAUGGGUGUUCUGAUGGUGGCAGGUAGAGGAAGUGUGUGAUGGGUGUUCUGAUGGUUGCAGGUAGAGGAAGUGUGUGAUGGGUGUUCUGAUGGUUACAGGUAGAGGAAGUGUGUGAUGGGUGUUCUGAUGGUGGCAGGUAGAGGAAGUGUGUGAUGUGUGUUCUGAUGGAUGCAGGUAGAGGAAGUGUGUGAUGGGUGUUCUGAUGGGGGCAGGUAGAGGAAGUGUGUGAUGGGUGUUCUGAUGGGGGCAGGUAGAGGAAGUGUGUGAUGGGUGUUCUGAUGCUGGCAGGCAGAGGAAGUGUGUGAUGGGUGUUCUGAUGGUGGCAGGCAGAGGAAGUGUGUGAUGGGUGUGUUCUGAUGGUGGCAGGUAGAGGAAGUGUGUGAUGGGUGUUCUGAUGGUUACAGGUAGAGGAAGUGUGUGAUGGGUGUGUUCUGAUGGUGGCAGGUAGAGGAAGUGUGUGAUGGGUGUUCUGAUGGUUGCAGGCAGAGGAAGUGUGUGAUGGGUGUUCUGAUGGUUGCAGGCAGAGGAAGUGUGUGAUGGGAGUGUUCUGAUGGUUACAGGUAGAGGAAGUGUGUGAUGGGUGUGUUCUGAUGGUUACAGGUAGAGGAAGUGUGUGAUGGGUGUUCUGAUGGGGGCAGGUAGAGGAAGUGUGUGAUGGGUGUUCUGAUGGUUGCAGGCAGAGGAAGUGUGUGAUGGGUGUUCUGAUGGUGGCAGGUAGAGGAAGUGUGUGAUGGGUGUUCUGAUGGUGGCAGGUAGAGGAAGUGUGUGAUGGGUGUUCUGAUGGUUGCAGGUAGAGGAAGUGUGUGAUGGGUGUUGUUCUGAUGGUGGCAGGUAGAGGAAGUGUGUGAUGGGUGUUCUGAUGGUUGCAGGUAGAGGAAGUGUGUGAUGGGUGUUGUUCUGAUGGUGGCAGGUAGAGGAAGUGUGUGAUGGGUGUUCUGAUGGUUACAGGUAGAGGAAGUGUGUGAUGGGUGUUCUGAUGGUUGCAGGUAGAGGAAGUGUGUGACGGGUGUUCUGAUGGUUGCAGGUAGAGGAAGCCAGGGCCAGGCCCUUCGGUCUAGUUUGGAUGGCACUUGUGGGGUACGUGGGUACACUGAGGGGCGUUUGUGCGCCUGGUUUGGCAACUGGGUCCCCCGUGGCUCAAUCCCAGUUUUUUUGGCGGAAGUGUAGAGCAGAGGUUUGCCGUUUGGGACAGGCCUAGAUUGAUGAACGAAUUACCCUCUCACUCCACCAGCCCAUCUCACUGCAAACAGGGAGACGUUGUUGCUGGGCAGACUGUUUCAAACGGGUCGUGGGUGUGUUGUGUUGUGUUGGAGGUGGGGGCUAAUCAAGGAUUUUGGCAAAAAAGAAUGAGUACGUCUUUAGGGUACUGGGUUGCGAUUGAGAAACGUACGAAGAGGUGGGUCGGGUGUGAGUGGACAGACUUUCCAUCCCAGUUUGGAUUGCUUGUGAGAUCUGGUGUGAGUGGACAGACUUUCAACCCCAGUUUGGAUUGCUUGCGAGAUCUGGUGUGAGUGGACAGACUUUCAACCCCAGUUUGGAUUGCUUGCGAGAUCUGGUGUGAGUGGACAGACUUUCAACCCCAGUUUGGAUUGCUUGCGAGAUCUGGUGUGAGUGGACAGACUUUCAACCCCAGUUUGGAUUGCUUGCGAGAUCUGGUGUGAGUGGACAGACUUUCAACCCCAGUUUGGAUUGCUUGUGAGAUCUGGUGUGAGUGGACAGACUUUCAACCCCAGUUUGGAUUGCUUGCGAGAUCUGGUGUGAGUGGACAGACUUUCAACCCCAGUUUGGAUUGCUUGCGAGAUCUGGUGU